AUGGUGGCGGAGUAUGGCUUCGUGCCCUCAUACAACCCCUUCGACACAGUCAUCCUCUUCCCCAGCUCUGCCCGUCUGGUGGAGUAUACAGUGCAGCACACGCACCCCACUCAACCGCAGCCCACCCAGUCAAACCCUGCUAAUGCAACACUGAGAGGGGCACUGAGGGUUGCGGCGUCAGUGAGGGAGGUGGUGGGGAGGAUGAGAGAGGAGAGGCGGACGGGGGUGCAGGGACAGGGGCGGACGGGGGAGGAGGAGGGGGAGGGGCAGGAGGCGCAGGGGGAGAGGGGCAAAGGUGGGGACGGGCAGGGGGAGGAGGCGCAAGGGGGGGAUGGGCAAGGGGAGGAAGGGCAAAGGGAUGGCGCGAGUGGGGAUGGCAGCAGGGGUGGGGAGUGGUGGGAGGGGAUGGGGAGCGAGGAGGAGGAGUGGGAGAAUGCAAAGAAGCAGCUGGUGGUGUGGGCGGGCGGGCAUGCGAGCCCUGAGAUGCUGGCCAUGGCUGCUGCUGUGUGGCACUGGAUAGACACAGGACGAGGUGAGAGUUAG